AUGGACCAGGAUCGCGACAUACACCACCAUCUGCCCCCAGGUGUCACGGGGGCUGUCCUUCCUCAGCACACCCAGCGGGCCCUGGCGGCGUGUGCCUCUGAGGUCUCGGAUGACAGGGCCCCCAAGGACCUGGACUUCCUGAUGAGGCACGCCCACGCCCUCCGACCCAGGACGGCCCUCGGCUGGGUGGCCCUGGCGGCGGCGGGCACCUUUGGCUUCAGCGCGCUGGCCGUGGUCAUGGCGGGCACGCUCAUGCUGUCCAUCGGCGGCCUUGCAGCGCUGGGCUUUAUCCUGGCCCUGGGGGGGAGCGCCAUUGCGGCAGCUCUGGGCCUGAUGGCGGUGUGCCUCGCGCUGGCAGCCCUGGUGGCGGGCCUGCUCUCCACGGCGUCGGCGGGGGCGUACGUGGCGCUGGCCACGGCGCAAGGCACGCUGCGCCUGCUGGGCGGCGUGGCCGCGCCCGGCGCCGCGAAGGCCAGGGGCGCCGCCAUGCGGGCGGCCCUGGCCGUGGGGCGCAAGGAGCUGCCCGAGGAAGGGAGGCCCGCGCGCGACGCGGCCGGCACGCACCCUGCCCACUGGUAUGCAGCCCCACCGCACCAGGCGGAGCACAGCCCGGACGACGACAAAUUCAGUUUCCAAUGGGAUGGCAAGAACGAGGCGGGGGCAGAGACCACCAGCUACGCCCUGCCCGGGAAUGCGCGGCAGGCUGCCAGCCCCGUGCCCUCCAACCACGUCGUCCUGGCGCCUCCCCAGCCCUCCAAGCCUGUGGCCAUGUAG